AGUCUGCGCAGUAGAGAGGGAUCUGGACUGACAGGUUGUUCCUGAAGAGUCUCUUCCGGUCUUAAUUCCUCCGGUCUCUCUCCGGUCUCUCUCCGGUCUCUCUCUAGUUGUGGUUCCUGGUUGUGGUUCCUUUGGUUCUGUUAGUUCUGGUUCCUGUGGUUCUGUAGGUUCUGUUAUUGAAGCAGCAUGUCGGAGGAGUUCUCUCUCCAGGAAGUGAUCGACUCCUUCAAGCUCAGUCUGUCCGACAGCAAGGAGAUCUUCAUGGAUCAAUAUGUGGAGGGCUGGAGGGCGCUGGUCAAGUUGCUGAACAGCCUUGGCAGUGUGUUUGGCUUCAUCUCCAAAGACGUGGUGAACAAGCUGAGCAUCCUGGUGUCGCUGCGGGGGGGUCCUGAGGGGGCUCACUACCUGUCGCUGCAGUCCAUGGUUCAGUACGAGCUGCAGAGCGGCUUGGUGGAGGGGGGGGAUCACCCUGCGUCCGGCACCAGGGGGGUGUCUGGCUGCCGGACCCUCCUCCGGCUCCACAGAGCGCUCCGCUGGCUGCAGCUCUUCCUGGGGGGGGUCAGCAGAGACGAGGGCACCCCCCCCACCCUGUGCUCCUUGGCCUACUCCCAGUCCCUCUCGCAGCACCACCCCUGGGUGAUCCGCUCUGCAGCCGGCCUGGCCUUCAAGAUGCUGCCCCCCCGAGACCCCUUCCUGAGGAUGCUGAACGCUGGAGAGCCCCCGCAGGCUGUGGAGGUGCUGGGGGGGGCCGUGCCCGUGCUGGGGGAGGUCUACACCAUCACUGAGGAGCUGUACUCCAAACAUGACCUGCUGAAUCUACCCUGAGACACACACACACACACACACACACACACACACACACACACACACACACACACACACACACACACACACACUGAGAGACACGUCACACGACACCUGAUCAGAGUCAGACCAAUAACAUUGCAGCUCUCAUUUAGAGAAUAGCUGUUUCUGUAAUGUGUGAACACUCAGGUGGUCUUCAGGUGGUCUUCAGGUGGUCUUCAGGUGGUCUUCAGGUGGUCUUCAGGUGGUUUCUGAUGUACUAUAAUGUAUUAUAUAUAGUGUUUAUAAUAUAACAGCUUGGUGAUUCAUUUCUUCCUGUCUAUAAAUCUCUCUUUCUUUAAA